AUGGAAGCUAAGAAGCUUAGGGAAUUAUACGAGGACUUCGACGCAGUAGAGGAGCUGUGGCGGUUGUCACCGACACCAACCCAACUCCCUCAGAAACGAAGGCGUCUUGACCCUCGAGGCCAUCGGAUUGCCCCGGGCCGCAAUAAAGAGAGCUCUCUUUUCCUCAUUCCGAAAACCCGGUUGCAAGCUUUGCCUUUGCCUUUGCGGACGCCCUCGCCCUCUCGCUCGACAGCGUCACCUCCGCCGGAGAACAUGCUCUCUCCCCAUCGCAAGCGAUCGAGAGACGGAGAUGGCGACUCCACGGACUUUACGAUAGACCUGGAGGCUACUCCGAAGGCCGAUCGCUCCCGCCUCCAAGGGCAGGGGCCACCUAGCGACUGGGCGGAUCAACGGAGUUUGACGAGCGGUAUGUCUGCCUCUUCCGAUCAUUCCACACGGUCGGCCAAGUCGCGUAAAUCGUCUUCUGCCGUGUCCAGAAGAUCAUCUCUAGUGAAACAGCAACGCAACGCCGCCCUCCAGGAUACUGGGUUCGAGUCGGCAGGCUUCGAAAUGGGCGCCGAGCGCCUCCCGCUACAACUCGCCCAGUUGACAGAGGACCUCACCAAGAUUGGUUUCGGUGUGUCCAUCUUGCCGCACAAUCUGCAAGCUGAGGCAUGCUUGACGGCUCCCCUGGAUUCUCACAAAAUCCCCCCUUUUGCGUUCCGUCAAGAUCAGCACGCCGAUGACUUCAACUAUAGCUACCCCGAUUCCGCCUUCAUCCGAGACAUACUCCUCCGCGCCGACAAGUGCCUUCGCGAUCUCUACAGCGAAGCAUCAUGGAACGUCGAGGUACAUAAGCUCGUGCUUGACUGGGUGCUGCGCAUCGGCUCUCCAUACAGGGAAGCUUUCAUCGACUCGAUGUAUUGCCCCUCAGCCCAGAUCAGUUCCGCCUUCAAGCCAGAAGAUGCGCCGUCCAAGAUGGUGGACUUCUGCAUAUUCGUGCAGACCCCCAGGGACAGCCCCGAACACGAACGCAUCAUCCAACUGUGCAAGUCAUCGCGCCCAAGCCAGAGCAUCAAUCACACGGAGUCAGGGAGCUUAUUCAAGGAUCCCAUCGCCAUUUCGAUCGAGACCAAGCGCCACGGUGAGAAUUGGGAUGAAGCCAUGCUGCAGAUGGGCAUAUGGCACGCGGCACAAUUGAGGAGCAUUGCCUGGACUCCGAAGCGAAGACCGCCGCCCCCAGCCCCGGGUUACUCGGCUGAUCUCGGUCACGGCAUGACUAGCGGGCCAUGGUUGCACUCGGCUAGGAGAAUUGAGUUCGUCCCCGGCAUCAUCAUUCAAGGCCACACGUGGAAAUUUGUCGCAACCGUUCGCGGUCGCGAGGGCGAGCGGCCCAUACUGUACGAUACAGUUCCGCUAGGAGACACCCAGAGUGCCUUCGGCGUGCUCAGGUUAGUCGUCGCUCUCCAACGCCUCAAGUUCUGGGCGAGGGACGGAUUUUGGCCGGCUUUUCGAUCCGAAGUCCUGGGUUUUGGCGGGGAUGUCCUUGCUGUAUGA